GCAUUCAACAGUGGUGAACGGGUGUCUGUCCAUCUGUGUCGCUAGUGACAUGCCUCGCGCCACAGGCCUUCAUGUUGGACUCAGAUCCACACUAUUCAAUCCUCCGCCUACAAAAGCUCGCAACUCUGCAUCUGUGUUUGUCUUGCUGCUCUGACUUCAACUACUCAUCGCCACUAUGGGUGCCAAACAGUCCGUCCCAGUCGAGGACGAGUCGUAUGGCAUCGCCGAGAUGUUUGAUGCUCCCAACAAGCGCAGUACCCCGUUCUUGGGUCGGAUUGCCGACAAGCUUCCCUUAACGCGCCGUUUCGCAACUCGUCGUUAUCCCACCACCACACGGCACGCUGGCCUUGAUUCGCUCGACAGCAUCGGUGAGAUGCGCUCUGCCUUGUCAGCCAUGGGCGGAUGGAACGAGCACCAUGAGCGCGAAGUGAUCCGUCCUACCGGGAGAGCGAGGCAGCUACAGCGCCAGCGACAACGUCGCCAACAACGGAAGGCAGGCGAGUGCAGCGAAGAGCGCAAGCGGGCGGACAGCCGCAGGCGACGCCGGCUUACAAUGUCUACGCUAGAGGAGACGAGUGACGAGGGACUGCAGGGAUUCGAAUCCUCGUCGGAUUCUUGCAGCUCCCCGGUCUCUUCCUCAUCUCAUGCGUGUGUCCACGUGCCUCUGCCAUCGUCGUCCAUGGCCCCACUCCCCGACUCUGCCCUCAAGGCAGCCUUUCCGACUUUUGUGAUCGAGGUCGCCCGAUCUCACGUCGUAGUUUCCUCGUCCCCCGACCAGCAUACUCCACUGCGCUGGAUGCCGCGCACAAGCAUCUAGGACCGAAGGCGGCUUCUUACUGCUCGAGAGCUCGAGUAUGUCGAUGCGAUUGUGGCACACAUGAACAGCAUGAGCUCUGAAGACUACCGACCUGAGUGGGAUCUAGGUGGCGACACCGGGCAGAAUAUCGGAGGGCAGGUGGCA